AUGGGCGCGGCGACACCCAUUGCCGGCCAUCAGCGGGCUUCUUGGUUCUGCUUACUUCCUUUUCUCGCUGUUACACUCCUCUUCCUCCUUCCUCCAUGUCACGCUUUGACGCAUUUCUAUCAAGUGAAUUUGCGUCUGAAGGAGAGCAACCCCAUGCUAGAGCUGCGAUGCCCUCUCUAUCAGGCGGUGCCUGGCGACGUGUUAAUCUACUCGGAUAUGCAGAGUGCCGAGUUAAUGAGAGUGGUACUGCAAGAGGGUAAACCGGCGCCUGUGCUAGCUCUACCCAUCGAGAGUCUUAACAAAGAUACUGGGGCUUUUGUCUUCUUCUGCCGAGUGUUAGAGUCAAAAACGCAGAGCUUGGUGUCGAAAACCACCUUUGUUGUGCAGAAACAAGUGAGAUCUAACAUCAAAGCUCCUAUCUACGAGACUCUCCAUUAUGAUCCUGACGAGGUGAAAGUUCUCCAAGUUAAGCUGGGUCAGUCACUUAAAGUUGAGUGUCCGAUCAAGGCUGGUGUGCAUCAGUGGUUCAGGGCUGGCGGUGAACAAAUGCUUGAGACUUUCUCAAAAGGUCCCGUGGAUGUGUUGAACUUUGCCUCUGUCAAGACGAGUGAUCUGGGUAUUUACUACUGCAGCGCCAAACCUACGGAGGAAAGCCACCCGUCCGGACUCUCGCUCCUUGUUCAGAAGUUCAUUAUCAAGGCGAACGGAGACACGAUACUGGCCCGAAUGGCGGAUGUGCACGUAGCAGAGGACCACCGUGUAGUCCAAGUGUGCAGACAGGAAAUGAAGGAACUCGGCCCCUCCAACAUGGUCAGUUGGGAAAGGCCUCUGGGAGUGGUGCAUCUGGUCCGCUCAGGAAAACACCAAAUCACCCUUAAUUCGCCAACAGCUUCUGAGCAGCCCUUUUACUGUUCCAUCGAGGAUCAUGGCACUCAGCCCAUGUCCGAAAUAGAUACCGCGACGUUGGUGCGAUCUCGUCGCAGCGUCACGAGACCUCAUUUCAUACUGAGAGAGGUCAGCGCGAAUGGAAAGACGGCAACGGUUGAGUGUCGCUGGGAUGGGAAUAAGAAUGUGCGCUACGAGUGGUUGGCGAAUGACGGAAGCAUUGUUGGGAGGGAUGCACUACAGGAGGUCAACUUGGUGGGUCUGUUGGAGCGUGUCACUUCCACCUACACUAACACUGAGUCCAGACAGCACUACACCUGUGUUGUCUUCGAUCUUGUCUCCGAAGAAAAGUUGGGCGAGAGCACUUUCAGUGGACUAACCAAAUUCAAGCAACCUGAUCUCAAUUCCGUUGAACUGUCAGAGGAGCCGGAUGAAAUUAUUGCACUCUACCCUGAUGAGCAGUUGGAAAUGCAUUGUGACAUACCAUCGUCUGCGCCUUUCAGGGCAAGAGAUAUCGACUGGUACUUUGGCGGUGAGAAGUUAGGCAGAGUACCAAACAGAGUGAACCUGGGCAAAUCGAGCAUCCUCGGCUUCACUGAAAUGUCGGAAGAUAGGACGGCUACUUACUCUUGCCGCUUUGGCGAAACUGUAAAGGCCAUACACAUUAUUGUGAGAGCGCGCGCUGUAUCAAUCAACAUUGAACCAAAGGAGGACUACAAAUCCAGCGGAAUCAAUGACAUGGCUGAAUUUCACUGUCGAGUUACUGGCAUGAAGAAUGGCGGAAAAAACGUGCGCUGGAGUUUCAUUCCAGAUGGCGCAACGGAAGAACAGGGCAUUCCGUCAGAUGUGGAGAUCUCAGAACCGUCGGCAGCUCCCGCCACGGCAUUUCUCUUCAUUAAUAACCCUGAAAAGCGCCACUCAGGGCAGUAUAUUUGUCGCAUCCGUCGUGAUAUGGAUGUUGGCAGGCUCAUUGUCGAGGACCGAAAGAUAAGCGUGAACCCUGAGGUGGUAACAACUCGUCCAGGCUCGACUGUGCGUUUCUUCUGCACCCUGACCCUGGCCGAUGGGGGAGCAGUGUUAGGUGGUGUCACGAAGGUCUCAUGGUUCCGCAAAGACCGCCGCUCACUUAGUCCUGGUCGUGAAGAAAUUAUUGCCGGCACUACCACGAGAAAUGCCGCUAUUCUUGUGGUCAAGAACGUGGACAGUGACUUCAAUAACGUCGUCUACGUUUGCACCGACGGGUUUCGUGGGGCUGAGGCGAAAAUUCUGAUUCAGGAGGUCUGUGGCCCAGGUGAACGUUCAUGUGGUGGUGACAAGUGUAUUCCGGAAAGUCUCUUCUGCAAUGGUGUUCCCGAUUGUCCUGACGGAUCCGAUGAAAUUCCCGAACGCUGUCGUGAAUGCGAGCCAAAUCAGUACGCUUGCUUGGCAGUAGAUGGUAAAGACCCCUCACGCUUCUGCUACCUCCGCUCUUGGCACUGUGAUGGCGAAGAUGACUGUGGAAAUGGAUUUGACGAAGCCGAUUGUCCAGCACCAAACCUCGAUACACCCUGUAGCAACAAGUUUUACAUCUGCCCCGACGAUCAACGACCAAUUCCUCGCUCUUACCUCUGCGAUAGUCAGAUUGACUGCACUCCUUCCGGGAGCGAUGAAAUCAGUUGCAGCCGACCAAGUGUGAUCUACCCUCCUCGAGGUCAAGACGUGAUGGGGAUUAAAGGGACGAAUGUGACUCUCAAGUGCGUUGUUCACGGACGUCCACUCCCCUCCAUCAAUUGGCGUUUCAACUGGGGUCCCCUCAAAACCGAUGUCGACUAUGUGGAAAACGUCACCGUUGAGGGCUGUGAUCGUGUCACCAGCUACCUUACAUUGAUCAACAUUGAUCCACGAGCUAGUGGAAUGUACACCUGUGAAGCUGUGACCUACCAAGACCGUGUACUAGCUCCUGAUUACACAGUUAAUGUUGGUGCGGGAAGCUACUGUUCCCUGCCAAAGUUCAACGAUGCAGCGUGGAACGAGGACAUGUGUCUUGACUGCUACUGCGCAGGUGUCUCCAAUAACUGCACAAGCCUCCGUGGAUACUCUCUUGCACCUUCGGAUAAAAUGGCAAAGAGCUCAAUCGAGGAUGUGCGGCUGGUGCAGUACGACUCGGAGGAUAAGCUGAUCCCAGGUGAGCUGCAGGGACUUCAGUUGACUGAUGCUACAAUCUCAGUUACCGUCCCCAAGGCCAAUCACACCUACUUGGAGGGAACGUUUGGACUCAACGGCGAUUGGACUACCUCCUACAGCCUCUUUUUGAAGGCCAAUAUCACGCUAGUGGGUCCAAUGGAGGACUACCAACCAUUCGCAGCUAUUGUUCUUGAGGGCAAUGGGGAAACUAUCUACUAUUGCGGGUCGUCAACUCGACCAAUUCUGUACACCGAUGCCAAUGGCUACCAGAACCAGCUCCAAGUUCGUCCCACUGAGCGCAACGGCUGGGUGACGGGUGGUCCCCAUUGCGAAGAAAAUGUGGUUACACCCAGCCGUGAACAGAUGAUGAAGCUGUUGUCGAAUGUAGAGAAGAUCCGCUUCCGAGUAAAUCCAUACGCAGGUCAGGAGAUUUACAAAUUGGAGGAUAUUCGACUGGAGCAUGUUGUGCCUACGGACGCUCCUGGGACGCUCUACCCUGAGAUUGAGUUCUGCACGUGUCCUGAGGGCUACAAGGGGCUCUCGUGUCAGCAAUGCGAGAGAGGUUAUAAGCACGAUCCAAAAGAUCCAACCAAAUGCCGUUUGGCGUGUACAUGCGAGGAGUGCGAUGCUGAGGGCAACUGUAUUGCCUGUCCGGGCAACGCAACAGGACCGGACUGCAGCGAGUGCCGGGUCGGCUUCUAUCGCCCUCUCGACAGGCCAAUCACGUCUCCCUGUCUGCCCUGCGAAAAGUGCGGCAGUGGUUUACCUCAUGUUAGCACUGAGUGUACGGCAGACCCGCAGUCACUAGAUGGUUAUCAGUGUCGAUGUGAGGUGAGGGAGGAUGGACGCUUGUUGGACGAAUCCUGUGACCUCUGCAAAACUCUUAUGUCUCCACCACCAGAGGCAAAGUGUGAAGAACGCUCGGAGUUGCUAAACCUUUGCAAUCCCCUGGGAACUGAAAGCAUCACUACUGUUGAAAUUUGCAAUUGCAAGGAAGGUUACAAGGGUGAUCGAUGCAGAGAGUGCUCUGAAGGAUACAUGAAAUACGGCGAAAAGUGUCUGCCUUGCUUCUGUGCUGGCACAACCAAAUCGUGCAAGGGCUCGGAGACGCACUUUUUUGAAAAUGUUUCACUCUCGAAUCCAGGGCGAUACAAAUUCGAAGUCUUUAUGUCGAGAAAGUUGGCAAACGGCGAGCUUGUGGCAGUCCCUCUUGACGACACUGGCAAACAACGGGUAGAACGUGCCUAUGCUCUUUCGAAUAAAGAUAAAUUGGGACCUCCUGAGGACCUUGUUAUUCGAGAGCCCCUAAUCAGUGAUGGCAUUUCACAGGUCUCCAUUAAACUCAGCGAUACUCAAAGGGGUGAUACUAAAGCCGAUCUUCCCGUUUACCGAUCUCUAUACGGAGGCAAGAUGUCGUUUCGAUUCAAGCGCGUCCGAGAAGUAAACCAUCAACCUACUGUCAGUGAGAACCGACUGAUCGCAACGAUUGAGUCACCCAAGUUUGGAACAUUCUGGACGACCGCUGUAUUCAAUCCCAGCAACCAGCGCUAUGAGGUUGAGUUCAGUGAGGACUGGUGGAAUGGCAGAUGGCGGGCACAGAAUGUUGAGUUGUCCCGAGCCGCUUUACUUCGAGUCUUGGCUACAGCCAGUUCAAUCGGCAUCUCCGUGGCCUCAAACAAAAACGCCCUUGAGAACGCACGAAUUGGUGGUCUAUCAUUUGAAAUUGCCCGUGAUUUUGCCGAUGCCUUGGCUGUGGCUAAGGAUGAGGGAUUAAGGCCUGCUCCUGUAGAAGUCUGCGAUUGUAGUCCCACAGAAGGCAGAAGCCUUUCCCCCAGUUGUGAAAUUAGUAACCGUUUUGAGCUUUCGGAUAAUCAACUAGGAACAUUAUUUCGAGAUCGCGGGCAUUUCUGCGACCUAGCCCCUAAGCUGCUAGGAAAUCUGAUCUUCUUUGAAUUGAAGACUGUUGGUUUUGCUCAGGGCUGCACCAAUCCCUCUGAGUCAACGGAGGUGAAUCUUGAUCCCUCAGGACCUGACUUCCAAUGUGGCGAAUGCAAAGGACCUCAGUGUGUCACGUGCCCAGCUGGGCAAUUCAAAUACGACUUCCUAACAAAUACCGUCUACGAUACUUGCCAAAAGGGCGUCGAGAUGGGGACAGAAGGUCGAGUGGUGGUAGCUGAGCCCGGUAGUCGUGUUGUGCUGACCUGUCGUGCGACUUCUUACCGGGGAGGCAUUCCAGUUCACACCUGGAGUCUGCCCGCCCUUGUGGCCGAUUCACCCGACGUCACUAUCAGACGUGAGCUCUUGCCCUUCAAGCCGCGUUCCGAAGAUGGCAAAUGGAGUCCAAUUACAUCUGAAGCACAGUUGCAAAUUGAAAAUGCUAAGGAGGAGUACUCGGGUCUCUAUGAAUGCCAAGUAGCCGCUUUGGGAGCAAAUCUAACCGAGCCGUUCUACCUCAUCGUCAGGGAUCCAGCCAAAGAGCAGCCAAGUGAACCAGGAUACAAGUUAAAUGAAGAAUUCCCAGUUCCAAUGCCCGUACCCGAUGCGCCACCAUUUGCCGAGUAUCUAACAAUGGACACUGAUGAACAAGAUCCCAACAUCGCAGUAAUUGAAGGAAAAGCUUCGCCACCCAACAGUCUGGAUGACUUCCACAUUGUAUGGUUGGCUCCCAACGGAACUCAGAUAACACCGCUUAGCAAUCCAGUAGUUAAUCCAACAACCAGCGAAUUUUCGGUCCGCCUGCCAGUCGACUCUGGUAAAUUGACUGAGAAAGGAGAGAAAAUUUACGGUUUCCUUGUGGGAAGAGAUCCCGUCAAGACGCCCAUAUGGAUACCUCUCCCAGAGUUAACUAGAGUCAAGCAGCCCGUCACACCUGAGACUGUCUCAAAAAUAAGACUGAGUCAUCGUUUCCUCAAUUUGUCCUUCCUUGAGCCCGCUAAGGUUCGGGUCCUCAUCCCUAAUGGGAAGCCCAAAAACGUCAAGAUAAAGUGGCAGCGCCUAGGCUCACCGCCAUUAGAGAGCUCCGACUUCCCCCAGGGCAUGGAAGUCAAUCGGGACGGUGAUUUAAUCAUCUAUGCUGCGGGUGAAGAGCACGAGGGCGUCUAUGAAGCCACUGUCACCAUUCCGGAGACAGGUGACGUUAUCAAAUUGCGCACCACGGUUAAUGUUCAGCCCUGGUCACCGCCAACGGUGGUUCCAGUACCUCCAGGACAAGCGGGAGAGAACCCCGAGGAAGUGAAAGAUGUGGAACCACCUCAACCGACGGCCGACGAUGCCUUUGUCUACUAUGUUUCCGGUUUCACUCCUGAUUCACCACAUUGUCAGAGACCCAGGUGGAUGCUAAUGGAUGAGGUUCAGAAUACAUCUAAGGAUAUCACAACAAAAGUUAACCGAGAAAAUGAGCGGAAAUUCGUCAUCAACUAUCCGUUGGCUGGUGGCAAGUAUAUCAAAUUUGAAUGUCUUCCGGUGCCCACGACCAAUCUUUCCGGAUCGCUUCAAUUCAAUAUCGAAUCGCCUGAUCCUCGGGUUAUACUUGUGCCCAAGUAUGACGACCCGCAUUCGAUCUUCCCUACAAGACUUAUCUGUGCUGAGGGCAAUCCGGAUGUUAGUGCAACUGUGAGGAUAACUUCUGACAGUUUGGACCAAAAUCAAAUCAAGGCCCUGGAAAAGCCAAGACCGGAGGAUUCUGAGAGAGUGGAAUUGGAUUGGCGUCGUGUUGGUGGAUUCCAGCCCUCCAAACACUUAGAAAAUUACACCUGUGAAGUGCGGACUCCGACAAGAACGGUUGAGAAAUCAGUUGUCAUCAAACCGAGGCUACCACCGGAGGGCUUAAUAGAGAUGAUUCAAAGGAGACAACCGAAAUUGAGGAUCUCUUCGCCGGGCCGGAUCCUCACCCAUCAAGGGGAUGAUCACUACCGACUGGAUGUCAGAGAAGGCCAGCCAGUGCAGGCACGUUAUCUUCAUCUAUUUGAGUCCAAUUUAUGGUUAAUUACCGCUUUGAUAACGCUAUACAUGCAUGCGGUGUACAAGCUCGUUGCCGAAUACGAUUCCGCCUCGGAUACUGGUGAAAUCACCUGGUCGCUGGAUGAUUCAACCGAUGUGCCAGAAAUCACAUCAGAUGGAGGACAUUCGUGGACAAAAGUCAACAUCGCUGAGAUACCCACUAUCUUUGAUGAUAAAGUCCUCAACUUUGCCAUUAAUACUCCUGAUGGAGUAAAGAGUGCCAAAGUCACACUAGCAGUUGUUCCCGAUGAAAGACCUUUCGCGAUCGUUCAUUUAAACAGCUCAGCACUUGUUAACGGUGAUCUAAUUGGACUGACGCAUGGAAACAUGGAUAUUGAUGUGAAGUCAUUCGGUCCCGAUGGAUCUGAACUGUCCAAAGAUCUGGAGACCUCCUGGCGCAUCACACAGGCCAAUGGAGCACCAGUGAAGCUUGACGACGGUAUCCUGGCUCAGCGAUACACCAUACCAUACCCCUCUCGUCUCGAAUUACAGGGUCUGCCGCGUCAGCCCACUGAAUUCCGCAUUUCUGCCGUCGUCAUUGUUCCCAUGGGUGAUAAAAAGGAACUCUUCACCUCAGUUCCAUACCGCCUUAUCGUACGGGAGCCCCUAAUUAAGGCCUACAUUCAUGGUUUAACAGAACCUGGAGUGCUCUCUGGAUCGGAGCUAGAUACCGUCGGCGCUACCUGCGUUGCGCGAGACAUCUGGCGUAACCGCACAGUGGAGGACGUCACUUACGACUGGGACUAUAUCGUUCAACCAGAGGGAGGGGCCAAUGAGUUGCGAACAACCUCUGACAAAGUUGAACCUGAUAAGGCGACUCAGGCCGAGCUGCCGUGGUCAGUUUUGACCUUCCAAGACAACUCUGUCUAUAUGGGCAAUUUAAGGAGUCGCCCUGGUUGGAUCACACAUCUUCGCUGUCGAGCAAAGACAAGUAUUGAUGAUCGGCCUGUGGUUUCUGACUGGUUCAAGCUGAAUGUCAUUCCUGGUGAUAUGGCUGCCAAAUUCCCUAAGAUCGAAAUCCGUUCAACAUUUGAUGCUGCAAUCUCCCGCUUCCCUGUCAAGGUCGAAUGUGUGGACACGAAUACGGAGGUACCAUCCACGGUGACAUGGUCCAAAGAUGGUCAGAGACUGCCCCCAUCGGUUAAAGUUGAGGCUGGAGAAAACACGGCUUCUCUAUCCUGGUCAGUUGACGAAUCGAAUGAAUUUUCGCCUCGUGAACUGGCAGGCGUGUAUGUAUGUGAAGCGAAGAACGAAUUUCGAACUGCUACUGAACGCCUAUUCCUCCCGUCCGACAUAAUGGAAAGGCAUGAGCGGGAAAAGACCCCUGUCGACAGGGAGUACAUUCGUAUCAAAUCAACGCAUUCUCCAGUUGAGGAGGUCGAUGGGAAGAAGUAUGUGACUGUCGAAGAAGGUGAACCAUUUCAGCUUGUUUGUGAGUACUACGGCUAUCCACCACCAGCGGGCGGAGUGAGCUGGCGUCUCAAUCACAAUGGCGGUGAAGGGUCAACCAAUGCUGCGCUGGCCAAAAUCAGCGGUCUUGCUUGGGAGCGCGGUCGCAACUACUGGGCCCUGAUACAGUCUAAAGCCUUCAAUCGGUACGCACCACAGACAGGUGUCUACACUUGCGAAGCGCUUGAUGAAUCUGGACGCGUUCUCGCUUCCAAUGCGGUCAAUGCUGAUGUACCUGUAAAGGACUAUAACAUUGAAGUGGAGGGAUUGGACGACUUCGGUGUGCUUCAUCUUCAACCAGGUGGAGACGGCCGUGUCAGCUGUCGUGUAAAAGAUCCUGCGACCGGCAAGGCUAUUCUUACCUUCGGCAGACUGAAGAAGCUCGAAUGGGAAGGCCCCAUGGUAGAAGCGGAGAGUGUUAAAUCACUGAACGAUUUGGCACGCGAAGUUCACAUGUCAGGAGAAGAUCUUAGUUUCCGCGGUGUCUAUGCCGAUUUGCCAGAGGGAAUGAGGGGCAAAUGCGCUUUCUGGGAUGGAAAGGUUCGCAAGGAAUCCAAACCCUUCCCAAUUGUUGUUACGGGAGAAGGAGGCACAGACGGAAAAGUUAAGGCGAUCGUUGAAGUGCUUCCCGGGGAAACGCCAAACCAACUCAAAUUCCAGUGCAAUGCUUUCGACACAUUUGAGGGUCGACACCUGAAAGAUGCCACCGUGUCCUGGUACGUCACAACUCCCAGCGGCAAUGAGGUUCUCCUUGGUCACUUAUUCAAGGAAAUCAAAAUAGAGGGCAAUGUGAUCGUUAUGACUGCUCUUCGGGAUGAUGUCGACCUCUUGGUUCUAUCUGGUGGUGAUUCAGUGGUAGAAGGUCGUUGUAUUGCCUUCAUACCGCAGACAAACAAAAGCUACCCAUCAAAACCAUUCUUAACCAUUGGUGCCAAGGAUGCAGAUAAAAAGCCUGAAGUGGUCGAGAAACCAAAAAUUGAAGACAAACCCAUCAUAACCAUCGAAGGGGACGAUAAAGGAGAUGUUCCAAUCGAAGAGGGUAAAGAUGUCAGCUUAAAGUGCCGUCUCGAAGAAAUUACACCUGACUCACCUAAAUUCGCCAAGGGGUAUGCAUAUCAUUGGCAAAUCGCUCGUAAGGAUGGACGCGCCGUGGAUACAUCCGUAGUUGCCGACACCGUUGAGGUCAUCCCCCUCCCAGAUGGUGGUCUUGAGCUCAGGUUGAAGGGUCUUAAAGCGUCCGCCGCUGGUUUGGAGGCCAAGUGCUCUGUCCUCAAUACAACUGAUGAGGACAAAUCCAAAAUGGUGAAUUUCCCAAGGGGUGCCGAUUUGGUAACCUUCACUGACGACAAGCUUGGUGAACCGCAGGAAAAGGCACAAUUCACUGGUACACCAGAAUACGACACGAUUCCGGAGAACGAUAAGAGGAAUAAGUACACGGUUAAAGUUGAUGGAUUGGACGACUUGAAUCGACUUGCAGCUCCUCUAGACUCUGAUAAGAUAUUGACAGUGAAAGUAAUGGAUAAAGAAACUGGUGAAGAAGUUUCAGUCACCAAUCCAGCAUGGAAGGCGGUUGGCUUGGAAGUUCGACAUGCCGAUGGUCGGCCGGCUCCUCUGAGCCACCUCGCCAAGGAAGUUCAUGUUGAUUCCAAUACUGGAGAGAUUAGGCUUGUAGGAUACAAGGGUGACUCUGAGUUGGACAAAGGUGACGACCUGUUCAUCCGUGUGAUUGCUGAGAAGACCCCUACUGAAGUUGAUGCCGAUAGGAAAGCAAAGCCUGGACAAUUGGGCGAUCCUAGCAAGGAGCGCUUCGCUUCCCCACUUAUCCCCGUUGCUCUCACUGACAGGGAGCCAGGUGUUAAAGACGAAAGUGACCUCCUUUUCGCAUGGGAGCUGAGAAAUAUCCAAGGUCGUCAGGCCUCCGUGAGUAUGAUUGCCAAAUCCGUUGAUAUCUCCGGAAAUCAACUCAGACUCAGUGGUAUGAAGACUUUGGCCACAGGCGAAAGCCUGCUCGGAAGAUGCGUGAUUGUCAGGAAGAUGGGCGGCUCCGAGAAGUACUACAGUCGAGACUUCCUCGUGGGGCCACUCUGCGAUCCUGUUGAAGACGAGGUUGUAAGGGUAGAAGAGAUCCCAAGUAGAGAUCCAGACCAGCGACGAUUCCGUUGUGUGGUUACAAAAAGAUCCGAUGGCUCCGUGAUACCUGGCGCCACUUACAAAUGGGAGUUUGCAAGCCCUUCUGGCGAAAUGAUUCUACCCGGCCAUCUCUUCGAGAGCAUUGAAAUUUCUGGAGACUCUAUUGGCCUUGGACAACUUCGAAGUGAUGUUGAUUUCUCGACAUACUUUGCCGACAGGAGUGUCAGUCUUAUCGAAGGUCGUUGCGAGGCUUUUCUACCUCCUGCUGAUGCUAAGGGUGUGCCCAAGAAGAUUUACUCGGAUCCUAUGGUGCAAGUGUCCAAGGGAGAUGAAGACGAAGAACCGGCCUACUCGACGAAAGAAAUAAUUGAGGAUGACAAACCUCGGGCUCUUGUGGAUGGUGCUGUGGACAACAAGGUGAUCACUAAGCCGGAUAAUAGUGUUACACUCAAGUGCAUUGGUGUCGACGACCAGACGGGGGCUAACCUGGGCAACAUUGACCACCUAUGGGAGGUGCAGACGAAAGACGGUCGACCUAUAGACACUAGUGCAUUAGCUGAAAAGGUGGAGCUGACGCCGGCAACUGAUGGAUCAGGCUAUAAACUGCGACUAAUUAAGAUCCGUCCAACCGCCGGUGGACUUCGGUUGAGGUGCGUUCUCAGAGAUUCACGUGCCAGGGAUGAGAGGCCGUUAGACCUUCCUUCUGACAGCCUUCUCAGACCGGGGGAUCAGGCUCCUGGAGAUUUAAUUGACGUUAUCAUUCAAGGCGAUCCUGAAAAACCCGAGCCUGUAACUGGAAGGCUAGAUGACAUCGUUCCAAUACCCGAUAGCGACCCAAGAAAAUCAUUCCGGGUCCGAGUUAGUGGCCUUGAUCCUGACGGAAACUUGGCUGGACCUCAAAAUUCUACCGUCACACUGAAAGCUGAGCUUAUUGAUGAAUUUACGAAUGAAAAGGCAGAUAUUCCCGAGGGUGGUGAUGUUCGUUUCGGUUUGGAAGUUACUAAAGCCGACGGAAGUCCAGCUCCACUGAACCUCAUCGCAAAUUCAGCUGAAAUUGACAGUAAAUCGGGUGAAAUCAGACUGAUUGAGUAUCAGGGAGACCAACGCAGUCCUGCCGCCAAGGAUGUCCGCAUACGGGUUGUGGCCGAACGAAGUGGACUGAAACAGCGCCAGCGAUUCGCUUCUCCAUAUAUCUAUCCUGUUUUAACCCAAGAUGGUGGGGGACCUAUCAAAGACGACAGACCGGUUGUAAAGGAGUGGCCGGAAGUAAAGCCAUUAGUCGUUGGGUUGAGCGACUGUCGUAACUUGCCCAUAGAAGUUGGUACCCGGAAGAUGCUAAUCUGUGAUGUUUCAAGCCCGACCGAAGAUCCGAAUAAACUGCUCUACGGAUGGGAGUUGCGGGGUGAAAAAGCCAACAAACUACCUCUUUCUGGCUCAAUCGCUGACUUCGCAAAACAAUCUGGCAACAAAUUGGAGCUGGUUGGACUGUUUGAACCUAGCGAGCACACUUUCGGUCGCUGUGUUGUAGCCCGACCCGGUAGUGGCAGUGCAAAGUACUACAGCGAAUACUUCGAGAUCGGUGGUACCUGCAAGCCAAGUCCCGAGAAGUUGGUGAAAGUUGAUGUUCAGGAUGUCCCACGACAUGAUCCGAACGAAAAAUCUUUUGAGUGCUACGCUUACGAUCCCACAACUGGAUCCCGUCUGGAAAAUGCUACCUUCCUUUGGCGAUUCCGAUCUGUUGACACUGGAGAGAUAAUUCCACCAUCUCUGCUCUUUGGCAAGGUCACGACUGAGGGUAAUAUGGUGACACUGAACAACUUGCGAGUUGAUGUCGACCUCGAGGCUUUGGCAGGUUCCAACAAAGUCUAUGGUGAAUGCAUCGCAGACGUCCCCAGAGGUCUAGAUGGCUUUGAGAGAGCCAUUUACUCCUCUGGUCCCAGGUUCUUUAUUGAACGGGAUCCCUCGGGGAGCCUGGAGAUUGGCGAGGUUAAGGAACCUGAAAGAGAAAAAGUCAGGUUUGAAAUGAUGGGAGUUGAGGAUGGCAGGGUAAUUUCCAGUGAGGGCGACAAUAAAGUGAUCAGCUGUGUGGCCGAGGAUCCUCAAACAAGUCGUCCGAUUGAAGGUUUGGCAGUCCAGUGGGUGUUUGAACAUAAGGACGGUACUGUAGUUGAUACUUCGGCACUUGCUAAAUCGGUUAAAUCACUGCCUCUUCCAUCAGGAGCUACUCUUCGUCUGCAAGGUAUUUGCAAGACUGCCUCAGGACUUCGCGCUAAGUGCGUGGCUGUCAAUGCCAAUAGGGGCUUGGAUACAGAACUCGACCAAAAGGAAGGUCCUCUUGAUCCAACUACGCAAGUCGACAGCCCCUACAUCGAUUUCAAUGUGAAGCCAACGGAACCUGAGGCAGAGGAAGAUAAGAUUGUGCCAAAGCCUGAAUUGUUAACUCCAAAGGACUUCAAAUUCCUCAUUGAUGGACUAGACGAAUAUGGAAAUCUAGCCAUCUCACGUGGAGCAAACAAGGUUUUGGAAGUCAAACUCAUUGAUCCUGAUACUGGUGAAGAGCUUCCAAAGGAUGCCAGUACCAAAUAUGGUGUCAAACUGCAUCGUGCCGACAAGUCUCCAGCUUCUCUGGGUGCCCUUGCUAGAAGCGUGGAGAUUAACUCAGAGACAGGGAAGCUAAAAAUAGAAGGCUAUCAAGGCGACGCUCUUAGUGACAAGGCCAAUGAUCUCUUCUUAAAAUUCACGGUAGAGCGACCAUUUCUUUCAGGUGAUGACACGGUUGAGAAGUUCGCCUCCCAGUCGAUUCCAGUGAAAACUCUAGAUAGAGCUGGCGAACCAGUUCCUGACCACCGAAAACCCGCCCUCCGUCUUCCUGAUCUCAGACCCCUUGUCCUCGGAUUAAGUAAAUGUGGUAACCUUGAGUUCGAUGAAGGCGACAAUGUCACCUUGAAAUGUAAAGCCCGAGGUAUGGCGGAAGACGAUGACAAUUUAGUUUAUGCCUGGGAGGUAAUUAAACCGGGUGGAUACAAAAUCUCAAUGGCUGGAACCCUGGCUAAAUCCGUGGAACAGGAGGGAUCGAAACUGCGUCUGAUAAAUAUGCUAGCUCAGAAAGACAUGCUAUUUGGUCGCUGUCUGAUUGCUCGCAAGGCUGGCAACAGAGCUCUCUACGGCAGCCACUACUUCCGCAUCGGUGGCAAGUGCGAGCGCAAGGACAAAGUCGUUGUAAAGGUUGAUGAGGUCCCAACGCUUUCUUCUCAUGAACGCAAAUUCAAAUGCAAGUCUAUUGAUUUCGACACCGGCAUAUCGAUUCAAGCUGGAAACUUUAUAUGGGAAUUCGUGUCCUCCUCCGGUGAAGUUAUUCUUCCCGGCCACAUCUUCUCCAAGGUGGAAGUUGAUAGAGAUACUAUUCAGCUUAGCAGACCAAUUCCUGAUGUUAACUUGUCGAAGUUCUUGGGACCAAAUGAUGGCAAAUUCAUUAUGGGAAGGUGCCGUUCGGUCAAAUUAGAAGAUGGUGAUGAUGCAGAACAACCGUUUGUUCCACCCUCGGAUCCUUUCAUUGUCAUCGGUCAAGCCGAGGAUGCUGAUGAUAAAGGAAAGAUUGAUAUCCUGGAGACUGUGGAUGCGGAAGAUGAAAAACCUGGCGUCACUGUAAAGGAUGCAGCUGACAAUCGAGUUAAUCAGGAUGAAAACGAUUCAGUGGUCCUUACCUGUGAAGCUCAAGACAAGUUUUCGAGAAGCAAGGUGAAUGGCCUGACGUACGCUUGGGAGAUCCGCACAAAAGACAACCGCCCAGUGGAUACCAGUGCUCUGGCUGAUAGGAUCGAACUUUUACCAACUGGUGAAAUCAAACUCACCGUUCUCAAACAAUCGGCCGCCGGUCUUCGUGCUCGUUGUGUCCUCACCAACGACACUGUGGACGAAGAAGCCGGAAGAGACCAAGGUGUUCUCUCACCUGGCGAAACGAAGCCGGGAGCUUUUAUCGAUUUCAAUGUCAGACCUGAUCCAGGCAGUGGCAUCGUGUUUGAUGGCAUGACGUCUCUUGAUAUCGAUAAGUCAGAUCCGCCAAAGUUCAAAGUCCAGGUCGAGGGGCUCGAUAGUAACGGUGCGUUGUCUGCGAAGGUGGGCGACGAGGUUGUAAUCAAAGGGAGACUUAUCAACACCGAAACCGGUGAAGACGAGGCAGAUAAGGUGAGGUUCGGCAUUGAAACGAGCUACUCUGAUGGAAGCCCAGCCCCAUUGGGUCUUCUUGGCGACACCAUUAUGGUGAAUUCAAAAACUGGUGAGGUAAAAGUGAACGACUUCAAGGGAGACCGCCUGGCACCCCAGCGAGGAAGUUUGCGCAUCCGCAUCGUCGCAGAAAGGACUUUUGAGUCAGGCGAACCUCCCAAACUGAAGACUGAGCGCUAUGCCUCCAACUACAUUCUACCAGUUACCCUCGAAGAAGAUGGUACUCCAAUCAAGGACAGUAGACCUACACCUGAAGAAUUUGACCCUAUUUCACCAACAAUCGAGGGACUAAGUCCUUGUGGCAAUCUUCUCCUUCAAGAAGGCUAUUCUGUGUCGGUUUACUGCAAAGCAACUGACGAACCGAACAAAGAAGACCAAUUUGUCUUCGGUUGGGAGAUCUUCAAUGCUAAAGGCGCCCCUAUCCCUCUUGUGGGCGUAAUAUCUAGCUCUGCUGUGGCUGAAGGAUCCGCGCUGCAUCUGACAGGUGCCAGAGACCCAGUAAACCCAGUUUUUGGGAGAUGCGUUGUCUCGAGGAAAGCGGGUGAUGAUACCCGGUACUUCAGUCCCCUAUUCCGAGUUGGUGGAAAAUGUGAUGAAGCUGAGCCGAUAACAACAACUACACCCGCACCGAGGCGAAACGUGACAACACGCCCAGAAGAAGGGGAAGGGGAGACGAAAUUUACUGGCGCGACCCUUGACACGGGGAGAAAGAUCCGCUUCCAAUUGACCGGAAUCAAUGCAGAUCGACUUGUGGUGGCUAGACCAGGGGAUGAUGCAACUCUGAGCUGCACUGCAUACGAUGCUGAGACGAAUGAGGUCCUUUCCGAUGCUACCAUCAGCUGGGAAUUCAGUGAUCUUGAGCAGAACAAAAUAAGUCCGAUGCGCAUCGCCAACAAGGUUGCUGUUCGAAAGAAAAACACCAUCGAUUUUACUGGCUUGCGCAAGGAACCGAAGGCUGGUGGGAGGUGCCUAAUCACCCUUGAUGACAAGGCCACAAUCAGCACGCCUUUCUUCUACUUCCAUGUCACCGAUGAUGAUAAAGAAGGCAAGACUUCCUUGCUUUCAUUUGCAUUAGUGCCAAUGGAUAGGCUUCUCAACGGUGACGCGUCUGUUGAAGUGCUAGUGGAAGGUCUCAACGAGCAGGGUCAGAUUUCCGUCAAGCAAAUCGGUGAUGACGCACAGCUAACUUGCAAGGCAAUCAGAAAAGAUACAAAUGAAAUCCUCACUGAAGACGUUCGUUUUGGUUGGGAGUGGCGUUAUCUGGACAAUGAUCCAGCUAUGACAAGCAAUGUAGCCAUUGGUAUAAAAACUGAUGGAGAUAGUAUGGAAUUGCGUGGUAUUCGGGCUCCUGAAGGCCUUGGUGGUCGUGGCAUCAAGGGACGCUGCGUUUUGCACAUCCCUGCUAAGAAGGUCGAACCCGAAGCUGCCGAUGGAGACAGAGAACGCAAAUUUGUUUCACAGUACUUCAUGGUUGUGGUCGAUCGCGUACCGGUGGUUACUCAGUCGCCCAUUCCUGGACAUGCAAUCGAUGGCAUUACUGUUGAGAUAGAGGGUGCAGUAGACGGAGAAUUGAAGGCUAGCCAAGGCAGUGAUGCAAAACUUAAUUGUAUUGUCAAGAACGUUACCAGUGGAAAACCGAUCUCGGCAGCUCUAUAUGCUAUAGUCUAUGGGUGGGAGUUCAGAGAUGCCUCUGGCAAUGCUGUAGACAGCAGUUUCUUUGCAAAUGCCGUGAAUAUUGAGUCACACGGAAGUCUGCGACUUUCUGGAUUAUCAGCGCCCUCUACAGGUCGUUUCCCGAUGCGGAUUCGGUGCUAUGCUACACUUGCUCGUCGCUUACCAACUGAGGAUAGAGAAGUUCUGCGACCUCGCUACUACACUUCCGAAUAUGUUGGCCUUUUGAUAGUCAGGGAAGAUGGAACCGUCACGGCUCCUGAACCUGGUCAACCAGAACCGGAUCUGCAAGGCAACCGCGUUGAUGUCUUUGUAAAGGGACUGCAUCCAAGUGGAGAUUUGAAGAGCAUGCCUGGAGAAGAUGUUGAACUAUUGUGCGUUGCCACAGACAAAAAGGCGGACCAGGAGAUAACACGUGACCAAGGGAUAUUUGACUGGAGUCUCCUACGACCGAAUGGUUUGAAGCUCUCCAACGGUCAGCUGGCUAAGGAAGCUGUCUUUGAUGGACCUCGAUUGGUGCUGAAGCACGUGCUAUUACUCGAUCCUGAGAUGGCUGGAUCAAUGGGCCGUUGUGAGGUCUUCUACAACGGGCAGACAUAUUCCUCACCAUUCUUCAAGCUUGACUUUACUCCUAAGCAACCGCUAGAACAAAUUGAAGGCGAUGGUAUGCUUGUGGUCGACAUCAAUGGGGCCAACAAAGCUCUCAGUAUCGUGGAACUAACUCCAGACGAAAAGACACUUCAAUGUUUCGCAGUUGAUUCAAGGACCCGAAAGCCAGAGACUGAUGUUGCUUACGACUGGGAGUACUACACGAGCCUUGGAAAUGGUCUUCCGGAUGUGCUUGACAUGAUGGAUCCAGAGCGAGUAGAAACCUUCAAAGAGGGCCUCAAUGGAAAACUCACUCUUAAGGGAACAGACAAUCGAGACGUUACGAAGGAUAGGGUGACGCGUUUGCGAUGUCGAAUUACUAAGGAUGGUGCCAGCUACACGUCACCUUACUACAGUAUCCGACUAGCAGACGAAAAAGUCAGUGUUGAAGAGCCGGAGAUAAAACCAGUUCCAAAAUAUUGGGCUUGGAUUACUGGCCUUGAUGACAAAGGACGCGCAUCGGCUAAGCCGGGAAAUACAGUUCGGCUAGGCUGUCAGGCUAUCGACACUAAAACUGGCAAUGAAGCAAAGAAUGUGGAGUACUUGUGGGAACUGCGCCGUACUGAUGGUAGAAUGGCUGAUGUGGGACAAAUUGCAUCUGGCGAAGUUAGUUUCGGGGAGAAUGAAAUAACUCUAAGGGAAAUAAGACCAAACUAUGGAAAUCUGAAGGGGCGUUGCAUCAUCAUGGACCGCGCCACUAAAGAACAAUUCCAUUCGCCCUUCUUCAACUUUGCUGUCCCGCCAACUUUCGAAUUGGAAGAUAUUGAAGAGUCGCCGCCCCUCAUAAGGGAUGCUUCUCUUCAAGGCGAUCGUAUGAAGGUAUGGGUGACGGAGUUAAACUCGCUUGGAAAUCUUAACGGAAUGGUCGGGCAGGAUGCUUCCUUGAAGUGUAACGCUGAAGGCGAGUCUCAAGUCGCGAAUGCUGAAGUGCUCGGCUACUCUUGGCAAUUCAUUGACAGGCACGCUCAGCUAAUCUCUCCUAGCGUUCUUGCGAAGGAGAUUCAGAUUAAGGGUGAUGGAACGCUCCUUAUGAAUGGUUUACGAGCCUACAAGGACCGACAGGGCUACUAUUCCAUUGGUGGACGCUGUCUUGCACACGCCAAAAUAGGCAGUGAAGAUGGAAAGGUGGAACAGCUUCGUUUCCCGUCCAAAUACUUCCAAGUGAUUGUUCGCGAUACUGAAGAGCCAGUUCUACCAAAGGUUCCUGAAGAUUUGCAAGGAGAAUUCGUCAUUGUCGAUGUGGAUGGUCUUGGUAAACGUGGCAAUCUCAAAGCAGAACCUGGUGACACUGUAACACUCACAUGCAAGGCUAAAGACAUCGAAGCCGAUGUGGACGAUGUGCCUGGCACACAGUCCUGGAAAUUUAUCGAUUCGCUAGGUCGUGAAGUGCCCGCAGAGCGUCUUGCGAUGUCUGUGGAGAGAACUGGUCGUCAAAUCAUUCUGACCCACCUCAGACCAACUCUAAAAGACAUCAUUACCCGCGGUAAAUGUGUCAUAUUCGGCGAGAGAAGGAAGCGAUUCUACUCCUCAGUGCCUUUUGAGGUGGUGGUCAGACGACGAGACCUGGAUGAGGAGAAAGAGGGUGACGAGGUAGUUGUUGAUGUGUUUGGCGACAUCGUUGACAAUGCGUUCACCGGUUCUAAAGGCGGCGAUGGCAAAUUCUACUGCUCUGCUAAAUACGUGAAGACAGACAAGCCAAUUUCUCCCGAAAAAGCCCAAUACGCAUGGGAAUUCGAGAUCGAUGGUCGGUUGAAGCCGCUGGAUAGUGUGGCAGGAGACGUGGCUACAAAGACGACACAAGGCACAGACCCGAAUAAUCCGCAAGCCGCUAUGCUUCAGCUCCAGGGUCUUGGUUCCUUAACCAAAUGGACAAGGGCACGUUGUGGUGUCACUGUGACUGAACAACUUGAAGGAGGAGGCGUGCCUGCCAGCAAAACCUACUAUUCACCUUUCUUCACUUCAGGUGAAGCCUUUGACUCCACUACUCCCGAUGGACGUAUCAUUACAGAUCCGGAGAUUUCCAUUCGCGUGCUCGGUCUCGAUGGAAACGAUACUGUGAUUGCAAAUGUUGGUGAUGAUAAAAUACUCCGAUGCUCUGCAAUCGACAUGACCACUGGUCUGCCCAUCGAAAGUGCACGAUUUACUUGGGAUCUUCGAACUGUUGAUAAUCUGCCCCUAACCACCAACAGACUAGCAGAACAGGUUCGCGCUGUGGACGGAGAGCUGCAGCUUUUCGGACUGAAAGAAUUGAGCAAAUUCGUCAGGGCUCGUUGUCUCGCCACCCUGCCGUCCAAGGACGCUCCGCAGGAAGGUGAACCCAAAAAGAGGCUACCUUUCUAUGCCUCGCCUGUUGUCAAAUUCCAGGUCACCCCGAAAGAGGGUGAAUCUGUGCCUACGGAAUUGAAAGAUAUAUCGAACUUGAAGGUUGAGGUGCAUGGUAUCUCACCUUCGGGAACUCUUACUGAUGUUGAUGGAAAUAACAGAACCCUUGACUGCAUAGUGACUGACAAGUGGAUGGGCGCCCCCAUUGUUGAAGGCAUCUCAGUGGGGUGGAAUUUGGCCACGGGUCCAGACAAUCAACCAUUCGAGCUAUCCCGUCUUGCUGAUAGUGUUCAGUUUGACGGAUCCAGAUUGAUCUUAACUGGACUCCGUAAAACUGGCAAGUAUUCAGGCGGUCUGCGAGGUCAGUGCAUUGUCUCUACUGAAGGCGGUGACACUCUUGAAGUACCGGUAGUAAAAUCCGACGUCUUUGCUAUUCACAUUUUGCCGAAGCCGUCGGUUGAUCUGGAAGAGCCGGCGGUACCUGAAGAAGACGGGAAGGGACUUCCCGAUACGUGGCUUCCUGGACCUGAACCCAAAGAUGCAGUUUUUGUGAUCAUUCAUGAAUUGAACCGCGAUGGAGAAUUUGAACGCAACGUCGGUGCGGAUGCAACGCUUACUUGUGUAGCACACGACACGAAAACCCAGCAGCAGCUGAAGGUGGGCAGUCCAAAUGACAGAAUAUCACUGCGCUUUGGUUGGGAACUCCGCGAUAAGAGCACUGGAGAAGAGUUGAGCUUCAACCAAUUGGCGUCUGGUCAAGUGACCAUGACCCAGACAUCCCAGGGUGUGGACGCACCGGACUCCAGUGCGGUCAGUCGCCUACACUUGGAGGGUCUCCUCUCGACCAUUGGCAAGUCCCUCCACGGUCGCUGCACUGUCGGUCUGAAUGGGCAGCGCUAUCGCUCCGCCUAUUUUCCCAUUUCAAUCGGCGGCAAGAGGGUUCCUGGAAGCAUUGUUACUGUUGAUGACAUCCCUGGAUACUACGAGACUGACAAUGCUGUCACCGUAGUCAUUUCACAACUGGACUCCGAUGGAGGAAAGGUUGUGUACAGUGGUGAAGAUGCAACUCUAACAUGCUCUGCGAUGAAUUCAAAAUCGAGGAUUCCACUUCCUGAAAAGUCAGUGUUCUACGGGUGGCGAUUAGUAAAUGCUGAAGGUCACGAGUUGCCUCCAGAAAGUUUAUCAUCAAUUCGAGCUGAGGGAGACACGUUGACUUUAACCAAGGUCUCGUACACAGUCGGUAAAAGUGGUGUUCUAGAGCCCAUCUAUGGUUGGUGCAUUGCGGGAGUAAAACGAGCGGCCGGUUUGUCGGGACUGCAGCACUACCGAUCGGACACAUUCAUUAUCCACCCGAAUGGUGAAAGUGUUGGCGAACCAUCCACCCUUGACAGGCCUGAACUUACGGUUAGUGUGACCAAUGUUGGUGGAGAUGAAGACUUCCUCGUUCGUCCAGGAGAAGACGUCGAAAUGAUAGCAACAGUAACAGACUCGAAAACCGGUGACAAAGUGGCAUCAAAAGACGUGACAAUCGGCUGGGAGUGGACAGAUGUGAGCGGAAUGCGGACAAUAAAUUUGGGCGAAUUUGCUGCUGGUGGAGAAGAGCUAAAAUCUGAGGGCUUAUACAACGCCUACGACGUGCGACUUCCACAACCUGUGCGUGGACGCGCUGUGGUGACAUACAGCAAGCCUGAAGAGGGCCGAAAAUGGUACUACACAUCGCCCUACUUCUUCCUCUCGCCUGAUAGUGAAUUUGUUCCGGCGGAGGGAGAAGAACCAUAUAACGAAAUUCCCUUUGACGAAGCUGAUGACAAGGAUGUCCUACUCAAAAUCACCGGACUGAACGAUAAGGACCAGUUUGUUGUUCCCACCGAAGGCAAAAGCGAAAUCACUGUCGUCGCUACUGACGCGGCUACGGGAAAAGUUCUAACGGAGGAUACAGAACCCGCGUUAGUGGGUUACGGCUGGGAUGUGGUGAAACCCAACGCUCUCCCAACUCACAGUGGUGACUUGGCCGACUCCGUCCAGAUGGACGCGAAAUCAGGCAAGCUCACUAUGACCAAUUUGCAGCCGGGCGGUCAGCAGGCACUGGUGCGAAUGACCGCUCUGGUUGAGGUCACGAAAGGAGAAGGGGAGGAGGCCAUCACUCUGCGCAAGCGCUACAAGUCCAAUCCCAUACCUGUUGUCUCCGAGACUGAUGUAUGGCCCGAUGACUCUGCAAUGGACUUGACUGGGAAGGUGGUCACUGUCACGGUUGAAGGGUUGGAUGAAAAUGGCGACCUUGUUGUGAGUCCCGGCGAAAAUGCGAAAAUGAGAGCUGUCGUCAAAGAUGCCUCGGGAGCUGAUACAAAAGUGAGCGGCUACUCGUGGAUGUUCGCCGACCACAAGGGCUAUCCAGUGGCGCCUUCGCUGAUUGCGAAGAGCGUCGAGGAGGGUGCAGAUGGCAGCUUAAAACUCUCCGUCAUUCAACCCUCUGCGAUGGCUGACGGCGUGCGUGGUCGAGCUCGUGUGGCUGUGCAGCGCGAGGGUGGCGAGGGUCCUCAGUACUACGAGUCCUCCUGGUUCAAAUUCAAGCUAUCGAUUGAAGAGGAAGUCGGCCCAACUGAUGGCCCCAGCGGUAUUCCCGAUGAACAAGAAUAUGGAUUCACUUUGAAAAUAAAGUCGAAUACCAGCAUUAUCUAUCCCAAUAAGGAGGGUGAUAUUGUAAUGGCGCGACCUCAUCUUCCGCUUGAGUUGGACUGUGUGGUCGAGUUUGCGGAGGGUGUUACUCCACGUUUGUCGGAGGCUGGUACACCAGUUCCGCAGCUCUCGUGGUACUAUCGACGUCCGGAGAUACCCGGUGAUGUUCCAAUUCCAGCCGAAAUCUAUCGCGUGGAUUUAGGCAAACUGGAGACUCUGCUCAUCAGUGAGAUCGGCGAUCGUGGUAUUCGUAUCUCCUCGGAUCUCUAUGACUUCCGCGAUGAUCUUGCUGAGUUCCAGUGCCAUGCCAUGGAUGGUGAUAAAACACUGGCGAAGCAGACUGUUUUUAUCAACCGUGUGAAGGAACGGGUUCGUGUCCAAGUGUUCGAUGAGAACUCACGCACAGCCCUGUAUGCACUAGAAAACUCUAAGACAACUCUGUCGUGCUACGUUGAAGACGAGAUCUACGGUGGUCGAGUGGAUCCUCUCAGCUACAAAUGGGAGAUCAAGCAUCCGCAACGGGGCUGGGAUGAGAAUAUCGAGUCCAGUAAAGUGGCUACCACGGUUGAGGGAGUGAAUAUCAAAGACCUCAUCCUGGACGGUCUCCUCGUUUCUGAGCCCAAUCAACCCUCAACGUCCUAUCAGCUUCGUUGCGUCGCUCAGUACAAUGAAACUUACUUCGUUGUGUCAAGAGGCUUUGCCGUCAAUGUUCACCGAACUCCUGAAUUGAAGUCUAUUCGAUUGGUGCGUGAAAAACCGGAGCACCAAGAGCUGUCGGACGAACCUGCGAGGGACAUAUAUGACGCCGGUAGUGAUUACCUCGUAUCGUGCAAGCCUGAAUUUUCCGCAGGCGAAGUUCAAUCGGUGUGGGAAAAAUACGAUGAGGAGUUUCUUGACUGGGAAAUGAUUAGUCCACCUUCAGACAAGCUCUUCUUUGUUGCCGACUCAACGGAAUACCAAGAUGAGGGUCAAUACCGAUGUCGUGUCAGUCACGAUCUACAGGAUUAUGAGUAUCAUGUGAUCAAGACACGUGUUCUCGAACUCCGUCGUAUUGCUGGUCCUGCACCAUCGGCCAAGGAUCAACAGACAUUUACGGUGAACGACGAGUUAAUGUUGCAAUGUACUGACCGUUCGGCAUCGCCACAGGUUGAGGUUGAGUGGUCUUUCAAACCCAGUGGCGAUGCACCGCCUGAAGGCAAGGAUCCUCUUGCCAUCGGUAGUUACUUCCAGCACGAUCGAACCAACGUCUUCAUCGUCCCUCGUGGUCAACUGUUGGAGUCGCAUUCAGGAACGUACACUUGCACAAGAACCAAUGAGCAUGGACAGGCAACAACAGCGAUCCGUGUUACCGUGAAGCCUGACUCCUUUGAAGCGGUCUAUAAUAAACGAGCGUGA